AUGAGCAGACGUACGGUGCCACCGGCUGGGUUGAACUCCUGCGAGAGGAUAAGGCCUGAACGACCCAGGAAUCCCAUUCAGAGACUCGUAUGGGGUCCAGGUUCUCAAUUUCAAGUCGGUCCAAUCGGCUUGCCCGAGGACGAAGGUUCGAAUCCGAGAAUGGCUCUGAGAAGACUGCUAAGACUGUACGAAGGAAGACAGUACCGAGAGGCAGCCAGUUUCCUCAUGAAGCUACCCCAGUAUACUCUAAAGGCGACCCUGCCGGAUAUUCCGGUGGACCUGUUGAUCGAAACUCUGCCGCACAGUUUAUCCCUGUUGGAAGCUCUCUACUCGAGGCUAGUCGAGUUAAACGUGGACGACGCGAAGAUUCUGCGGGUCGAGCAGGUCCUUUGGAGAAUCGUGCAUCUGAUUUCGACCAGCCAAGACCACUUCCGUCAGAGGAUCUGGGGUAAAUUGUUGAUGUCUCUGGGCAGAUUGGCGCCCAACGCCAGGAACAUGUUGACCGGCCGGAAAAGAGCUUUGGAGAGGGCGGUCGAAGGUUUGGGUAAACACGGCCUGGUGCCAUCUUGCCAGGCGAACAAUUUGGAGAACGGUAACGCGUCGAAUUUGCUUCCUCUGCCGGUCGCGAUGAAAGAGGAACUCGAGAACAGGAUCGAAGCGUACAAGUUAGCCGUGCACAAGAUCGAAAGUUUCGGGAAACACGCCAGGACGCACAAAGCGGAUCAAGGUGUACAGGCGGCCUCGCACCAGAGGCAACUUUCGCUCAAGUACAGCGAGAUUCAGCAGAGGCUGAUCGAUAAUCAGAGUCUACUGAACACGUUGGAGAAAGCCGGUGACCCCAACGGCUUAGAAAGCUUGCUAUCCGAGCUGAAACGAAGGGUCGAGCAGGACAAGGAGGCGCUCAGACAAUGGACGGCCUUGAGAAAAUCCACGCUCGCUGGAAACACGAAAAAUCCACCGUUAGCCGCCAGACUCUUACAAUUCUCCAGGGGUUGCGAGCUGGCUCUGCAGCUGAUGGACCAAGAUAAUCUACAGGUAUUCCAACUGGCCGAGAAUCUGGCAGACGAUUACGAGGAGGAAUCCAGCAGCAGUGCCGGCUAUCACACGGACGAGAGUUGCAGUCCGACUCCGGAACCGGUGGUCAGAAACGGCUGCGAGAUUCUCAGGUUGGAGGAUUUUCCGAAUGCGAGCUCCGCCGAUGAGGCCAGCACGAAACGACUGGUCGAAAGAUACGCGGCGCUCUACGCCCAGGCGCAUUUGCAUACCUUGGAUGCCUUGGACGCUUUGGAACCAUUGAAAGACGCUCCCGACUUGAAAGCCAAGAUCCUCUAUUCAGUGGUCGUGCUCUCGUGGCGAUUGGCGGGCACCGUCCAGACAUCCAGGUACCUGGAAGUGGUGAAGAUCCUAAAUGGCAGCAGCUCGGCCACCGCGCAAACGACACCCGAGCUCGAGGAAUGCGUGAAGCGGCAGUUGGCGACUUCCGGUGCGCAAACCGGUUGCCGGGAGGUCGCGGAACAGGUGGUCAACCAGCUGGAAAGGACGCUGUACGACUUUCCGUGUCUACGGGGAUGCAUCGAGGUGAAGAAGUACGCCAUUGCUUGCUCCAGUUUGGCCUGGGCUUGUUUGGCACGUGCCACACCGUUGGUCCUCGAUGUGGCUCACAGCGUGGAAUUUAGACGAGAAGUGCACGCGAGACAUCACGCCUCACCGAAUCCCAACGGUACCAGAAUCAAGACAGUUUUAUGGCCUGGUCUCAGAGAAGACUGCCAAGGCCCUUGCCUUUACAAAGCCGUCGUUUUGACGUUGUGAUGACCGAUCAAUUAUUCAGACGCGGUAUCUUCUCGGGUGACGCCUCGAGGAACAGAUAAACGAUAUUAGAAUAUAUGGCUGCAACCUAGCUCGCAAUAGGAUACUAUAGCAGUCUGUUUCAGUAAUACACUUUAGUCGUAUCAUCCUAUUUUCAGAUUAUUCGAUCCGCAUGCCCGCAAGAAUUUAUCUGAUUAUUAUCAUCGGACCGACUUGCCUAUUCCUCCAAUAAUUUUUAAGCCGAUUUGCAAGGUCGUUAUCGCGCAUAAAAAUAAAAUCCCCGUUAAUCAUCCUCGUACCAAAUAACCGACAGUAAGUACAUACCUCGAACGACCAUUAAGGUAAUAAAACUCGGUGAAAUUUCAUCGGCUCGUUAAAUGCGGCGAGCGUAAUGCACGAUAGGGUUCAGCGAAGAGUGAGCAAUCUUUCCCAAGAGGCGCGUAAAUCGGCGAAACGUGCGAGAUUCGGAGUAACGUAAGAAUUAUCUAUGAACUCGAAUGGAAUGGAAGCAAAGUUCGCGUAAACGAAGUAACAGAAACCGUAACGAUUGUGUAUGCAGCGUACGCCAUUGGCUGCUCCAAUUUCCACGCGUGCCUCGUCGCAGUCUUGAAUUUCCCAAGGGAAACCGGAAUUACAUUUACACUCGGCCUUAUGUAAGGGAAACGAGACACGCUCUUUGCCGUAGAGCUACGGGUUUAACAUGGAGCGGCUCAAUGAGAUUCUUUUAAUACCUUGUAGGAAAGCUAAGCUUGUCUCGCCACGAAUUCAAACUGUUUUCACAGCGCGAAGCUCUUUGACAUGAAAAGCUGAACGAAGUGCGCUCCGAGGAAAAUGCGAGGCUUUGCAGGUAGAAAUUGUUAAAUCAGAAAGCGAAACCUGUUCGGAAAAUUUUGGCAGAGUCAGUUGUUUCCCUCCGUUAAGGAAGUCGUAACACAGACGACGAACUCGUGAAGGUUUAUGUUCGAUGCGAGGCCAUGGAUGGUCCAGAAAUAUCGGUGUUCCGGGACAAUAGUGGCCAAACGAUGAAACUUCCCCCGGUGUCGACGCGUCCUAAUUCUCGACACGUACCUUCAAGUAUUUCUCCCUUUUCUAAUACCAGAAUCCGGAAAGAUUGUCACCCUCGUACUCGACUUCGAUGGUGAUGUUUUUCUUCCUUUGAUAAAAUGACUCCUACGAGACCGCGAUCAAAACGAUACGUUGAAUUUUAAAGAAUUUAUUAUAAAUUUCACUUUCUAUAUACAUAAUUCUUACAUCGUUUCAACUGUCUUUCUCUCUCUCUUUCGUUUAAUGUAACAAAUACAAAAGUACGCAAGACGUUAACGUUAACAAUCGAAACGUUCAAAUUUCAAGACGUGAACAAGUUUUUUGCGAAUAUUUUCUACGUGAAAGAUGAGUCCUAGCAAACAUGCCAUGAGAGCUUCAAACGUACCCUGAUAAAAUAAACAGUGAACCGAGUAGAACGAGGCGAGGGUGGAAUUUCUCGACAAAUUUAACGUUUAAUCCGCCUCUGUCGGGCUCUCGAGUGUAUUUACAUCUAACUUAACAAAUACGCUUUGAUUUCUCCGCACUACAAUAGACGUCGGACGCGCCUAAUCCGGCAAUCGAUCGCGGUUUCCUUCGAAACUGCGUCGUACCGUCUAUCAUAAAAUUUGCGCGAUCCUUUCACAAAACGAAAGAAGUUUCUUAUAACGAGUGUUCUGAAUUUUUCGGUGGACCGCGUUCAAUCGCUCAGUGUCGCGGCUGUCGAAUAUACGAGGUAUCCCGUAACGCGUCGAAACUACUUCAGAGAUCAAUUUGCCUUCCGACAAUUCUGUCAUCCGUUUACUUUUGUAGCGAGCCUGUAAUUUCGUUUGCGAUAAAGCUACGUUUAUGCAAAUAAAAUUUCAAUUUGAACGCUCGAUUGACUUACACCUAUUAAGAAACGUAUUGUACGAGAUGCAAAGGUAGAACUCUAGCGAAGGUGAGCAGAUACGUUACACUUUGUAAAGGUAAGUAGAUACCGAGAUCGUCGAGAAAUAAACUUACUUAUACAACUCAUAAUCAAGGGCAAAGUAUAAUACAUUUGUAUGAAUGCUUGAAGUUCUAUAAAGUAGUUCAUGUUACGGGACAUCCUAGAUACAAACUACGUCGUAACGAUUUACCCUACAUAAAUACUGUUACGAACAGUGUGAAUACCUCUUUACGUCAUCGUUACCGAUAAACGUAUCGUCAGUCCUUAAAAGACCUACAGAUAUCUCCGUAGGUUCAAUGAUAAGAGGUAAAUGCUUCAACUACCAAAUGCAAACGUGUUCGCGGUAAUUUUUGUAUACGGUUCAACGAUAUACAAGAGUUAUGAAUAAAAUAUGCUUUUCUUUGUUAAAUGCUUUUCGACGUAAAAGGUGCCUUUACGAGUCGCGAAACGAAAGGCGCAAAACAAAUGGAAAACUUUACAAUGCCUUAAUGUUUGUCUAAAUUUAAUGAAACAUAAAUUUAUCAUCUACUGUAAAAUUAUGUUAAGACACUAACGUUGCUUCAAAAAACGAUUUAUAAAUGUCAAGGUUGCGUUCCAAACACGAACGAAAUAAAUUAUAAGAUUAGAGCAAUUUGUUUUUGAGCUCGAUACGAUCGAUGCACGAUUAACAGAAUAUCUGAAAAGUGUAAUCGAACGACAGCCUAGUUUAAAUUAUAACGAGUGAACGAAUAAAAUUAUCGAUUAAACAAAAAAAGAUUUCUAUCGUCGCUACGCUUUUCGUAUGAUAUAAUUACAUUUCAUGGUUUGUAUAAAAUAUACUCGAUCGCUACAGGCACAGUAUGUAAUAUUCUAUGUAUAGUCAAGAGUUUAAAACUUUAAA